AUGGGUGAAGUAUCGACUGCCGUUAAAAGAAAAAGAAAUAACAAGAGAAGAAAUAAGAAGAGAACAGCUAUUUCUGAUUCUGACGAUUCAUCCUUCUCUGAUAAUGAAAUAACGGAAUCUAAGGAUAUAGUAGCAGGAACUAAUGAAAGUGAAACGGUUAAUGAUGAGGUUAAACCAGAAAUUACACAGAAAUAUGAAAGCCUUGAAUUAUCUGAUAACGAAAUAAGUGACAUUGAAAUGAAAGACGAAGCAAAAGAAGAUAAUGUGAUUGCAAAUGAUAAAUAUGAAGAGAUAUCGAAUAUUGAAGAUAUAAAAAACAAAUUAGAUUCCAAGAAGGCUGACAAUCAAUUGAAAAAUGAAUAUUUAAAUUUACUAUUCACCAACUAUGGUGAUGAUGUAAAUUCAUUGAGAGAAGCCCCAGAUUUUAGCACUAAGUCAUUAAGUAUAUUAGCCAACGUAUUAAAAGACGGUACAAAAAUGUUUGAUCAAGAUACAUUAAGGAGUAUAUUGGAAACUAAAUAG